AAGUAUAUCCGGUGAGGGGCGGGGCGGUCGUGUGCGAAAUUACUCCGGGCCUGGCAGCGAGGCCGGACUGGCCAGCGGCCCGGGAACUGGGUCCAGCGGCGAACUUGACCCAACUCUUCCGGCAGCAGGAGGCAGGCGGCAGGAAGACCCAGGGAAGCCCCUUGUGCUGGAUUCCGAGAAGCCUCUCCUGGUUUUCCCUUUGCUGCCCUUGGAGGUCUUCUAAGAGUGGGCAGAAACCCGGGAUCCCCGGAAACGGUCUGAGGGAGCCCUGGGGACCUGGUGACCUACCUGUCUUGAGCGUCCUGCCCAGCCCUCCCCUCAGACACCUCGUGGCGUCCCGAGAGUGCGGCCAAGAUGUCCAACCCCUUCCUGAAGCAGGUCUUCAACAAGGACAAGACCUUCCGGCCCAAGCGCAAGUUCGAGCCAGGCACCCAACGCUUCGAGCUGCACAAGAAGGCGCAGGCCUCGCUGAAUGCAGGGUUGGACCUGAAGCUGGCCGUGCAGCUGCCUGCUGGCGAGGAGCUCAACGACUGGGUGGCUGUGCAUGUGGUGGACUUCUUCAACCGCGUCAACCUCAUCUACGGCACCAUCAGUGACGGCUGCACCGAGCGCUCCUGCCCCAUCAUGUCAGGCGGCCCCAAGUACGAGUACCGUUGGCAGGAUGAGCACAAGUUCCGGCGGCCCACGGCACUGUCGGCCCCCCGCUACAUGGACCUGCUCAUGGACUGGAUCGAGGUGCAGAUCAACAAUGAGGACGUCUUCCCCACCAACGUUGGCACGCCGUUCCCCAAGAACUUCCUGCAGGUGGUGAAGAAGAUCCUGUCGCGGCUCUUCCGCGUGUUCGUGCAUGUGUACAUCCACCACUUCGACCGCAUUGCGCAGCUAGGUUCAGAGGCUCACGUCAACACCUGCUACAAGCACUUCUACUACUUUGUCACUGAGUUCGGCCUUAUCGACACCAAGGAGCUGGAGCCACUGAAAGAAAUGACCGCACGGAUGUGCCACUGAGAGCCCUUGGCCCUGUCGUCUCUGCAGCCACGCCCUGGGGGCCCGCUCCAGCUACGCGCCACAUCUCCAGCACAGGGACCAGUGUUUUCUAGCCCAGCAGAUUCUGGGCUGUCAGGGUUGCAUCCUCUCUCCGGUUCCAAGGUGGCAGCAGCCAUUAGUCCGGUCCUCUCUGGGCCCCCGUCUCCUCAGCCGUCACAUCACGGGGGAGAUGGAAUUUGAACUCUGUGAUUCUCUGUGUUGUGAGCAACCAGGAAAACCCACUUUGUUUGGAAAACACUUGCAUUUAUGAGGAGGCUGGCCUACCUUGGGUCCAUCUCCUGACCAGCCCGCGUGCUCAGCCACGGGCUCCGGGGCCCAGUCAGUGAGGCCAUGACCACGCAGCACUUCCCACCAUGGCCCAGGUCUGGUUUCGAGCGGUACAAGGGCCUGGCUUCUGUCCUCCCCGCGUCCUCCCCUAGCCACUUCUGUCGGCCGUUCCUCCAGGACCCUGGGCUCAUCCAUCAGUUUCGCAAGCCUGCGCCUGCAUCCCAUGUUUCUUGGGGCCCCUUCAUAUCACAUAAAAGAUUGAAUUUUUAUAGUUUCAUUUACAACUGCUGUGAGAUGUUACUAGGAGAAAAAAAAAAAAAGCUUUUUACCUACAGGUAGUCCUCCCCUUGCCCUCUAGAAAAAUGUCCCCUUUUUGCCAUGAAUAACAGGAUGAAUCUCCCAAGGAGCACCUCUACCUGGGUGUACAACCUUCGAAUUUCACCUAAUGCCUGCCAACAUCAUAUGGAAACCCUUUGUGUGCCCCCCUGCCGCCCUCGCAGUGACUCUGGGACCAAACCCCAGCACCUUCUCCCUGCAGAAGUUGGAGCGGGGGCACUCCACCAGCCACGGCCCUACCCACACGCAGCAUCCUUGGUGGCCUUUGGCCGUGGCAACCCUGCCUGCCCAGGCCAUGCUGGUUCUGUUACCUCUAGGUGUCAGGGAGAGGGCCCACCACCGACACCGAACAAGUGCAAUUAACGAACACAACCUGGGCCUCAGUCCUUCAGAAGCCGCAGGCCCUGUUCCUGGAGGCCUGGAAGGGCUUUAUGAAACCGGCCAAUCGAAUGUAGCUCCUUUUAAAUGCAGAACCACAACCAAAUGCCAUAACCACUGUGCCUCUCCAGGUCACCAGCCAGGUCAGGGAAGGCAGUGGGACUGUGAGGGGGAGUUCCCUGCCUGCCCUCUUGCACCUGUGGGUGUUCCCACAGGGACAUCAGAAUAAACCAGCCUCCUUAUCUGCA